UUUGGCACAUUCCACAGGCCACGGACCACGGACAACGGACCAGGGCACGGACAAAACGAUACUUGCCACCCCCGUGCCACAUUCGGACUCGAAUAUCGAUCCCAAGCACGCGCUCUAGCAGCCAGCCGAAGUCGAUUUCGGAAUCGAAAUUCGAAAUUGCGAAAAUCCGAAAAGGAACAAAAAAGAGGCAACGUUAACCCCCGAGCUGGCUGGGCCGCUCGCAGUCGUUUGUGAGCGUUCGCAGCGUCAGUUGCAGCUUAAGUGUUAAACGAACAAGCCAACCGAAAUCAACUUACAAAAAAUUAAUCAACAAUCCAAAAAUUAUAAAAAAAACAAAAAUCGAAUAAAAAACAAAAACAAAACCCAAAAAGACUCUUAACGAAAUAAAAACAAUCCCCGAAAUAGGAGAUUGCGAAUCGUAAUCGGAUUCUGAUUGAGAUCCACUAAGGACACGGGACAAGGAUCCAAACGGUCAACAAAAAAAAAAAAAAUAACAAAAAAAAUAAAAGGAGUUCGAAGAAUGUGCGCCGCUCUGCGUCGUAAUUUGUUGCUGCGGAGCCUCUGGGUCGUCCUGGCCAUUGGCACCGCUCAGGUUCAGGCUGCCUCACCGCGAUGGGAACCCCAGAUAGCCGUACUCUGCGAGGCCGGUCAGGUCUAUCAGCCGCAAUACCUCUCCGAGGAGGGACGCUGGGUGACGGAUCUCACCAAGAAGACAACCGGAGCCACAUGUUUGCGUGAUAAAAUGGAUUUGCUUGAUUACUGCAAGAAGGCCUAUCCGACCCGCGAUAUAACCAACAUUGUGGAAUCAUCUCACUACCAGAAGAUCGGAGGCUGGUGCCGUCAGGGCGCCUUAAACGCGGCCAAGUGCAAGGGCUCCCACCGCUGGAUCAAGCCGUUCCGCUGUCUCGAAGGACCAUUCCAGUCGGACGCCCUGCUGGUGCCGGAGGGCUGCCUCUUCGAUCAUAUCCACAAUGCCUCCAGGUGCUGGCCGUUUGUGAGGUGGAACCAGACCGGAGCGGCUGCCUGCCAGGAGCGCGGCAUGCAGAUGCGCAGCUUCGCCAUGCUCCUGCCCUGCGGCAUCUCCGUCUUCUCCGGCGUUGAGUUCGUCUGCUGUCCCAAGCACUUCAAGACCGAUGAGAUCCAUGUGAAAAAGACCGAUUUGCCCGUAAUGCCCCCGGCCCAGAUCACCAGUGCCAACGAUGACUUGAUGGUCAACGACGAGGACGAGAGCAACGAGUCCAACUACUCGAAGGACGGCAAUGACGACGACCUGGACGACGAGGACGAUCUGAUGGGCGAUGACGAGGAGGACGAGAUGGUGGCCGACGAGGCGGCUGCGGGUGGCGGCAGUGCCGGUGGUAAUGCCGGAUCCUCCGGAGACGCCAACAGUGGAUCCCUGGACGACAUCAAUGCGGAAUACGACAGCGGCGAGGAGGGUGACAACUACGAGGAGGAUGGCGCUGGAUCCGAGGGCGAAUCCGAUGGUGGCGAUACCUGGGACCAGAGCGGUGCUGGCGCCAAGCCGGUGGCCAAUCUGAAGGUUAGCGGUGGCUCCUCCACGGCCGACAAGGUGCCCCUCAAGUCCGAUACCCCAGUUACCUCAACUCCGCAGCUGUCGGUGGCCGCUGCUGCGGCUGCCAAUGCUGGAUCUGGAUCCGGUUCCGCCGGACUGCCGCCGUCCACCGCCCAGCCGACAUCCGAUCCGUACUUCACCCACUUCGAUCCCCACUACGAGCACCAGAGCUACAAAGUAAGUCAGAAAGAAGCCCAACAGCGCCUCGAGGAGUCGCACCGCGAGAAGGUCACGCGCGUGAUGAAGGACUGGUCGGAUCUGGAGGAGAAGUAUCAGGAUAUGCGUCUCGCCGAUCCCAAGGCGGCUCAAUCGUUCAAGCAGCGGAUGACGGCCCGCUUCCAGACUUCUGUUCAGGCACUCGAGGAGGAAGGCAACGCCGAGAAGCAUCAGCUGGCCGCCAUGCAUCAGCAGCGUGUCCUGGCCCACAUCAAUCAACGGAAACGGGAGGCCAUGACCUGCUACACUCAGGCUUUGACCGAACAGCCACCGAAUGCUCAUCAUGUUGAAAAGUGCUUGCAGAAGCUUCUCCGUGCUUUGCACAAGGAUCGUGCCCAUGCUUUGGCUCACUACCGCCACCUGUUGAACUCCGGAGGACCCGGUGGCUUGGAGGCCGCCGCCUCAGAGCGUCCCAGGACCCUGGAGCGUUUAAUCGAUAUCGAUCGUGCGGUGAACCAAUCGAUGACCAUGCUGAAGCGUUAUCCUGAACUAUCGGCCAAGAUCGCCCAAUUGAUGAACGACUAUAUCCUGGCAUUGCGCAGCAAGGACGAUAUUCCCGGCUCGUCGUUGGGCAUGAGCGAGGAGGCGGAGGCUGGCAUUCUGGACAAGUACCGUGUGGAGAUCGAGCGCAAGGUGGCCGAGAAGGAGCGCCUCCGACUGGCCGAGAAACAGCGCAAGGAGCAGCGGGCUGCCGAGCGGGAGAAGCUGCGCGAAGAGAAGCUUCGCAUGGAGGCCAAGAAGGUGGACGAUAUGCUCAAGUCGCAGGCGGCCGAGCAACAGCAGCAGCAGUCCCAGGCCCCGUCACAGACCCCAGCCUCCUCCGCCGCCUCCAUUCAGUCCUCGUCCCAGUCGCAGCAGGAGAAGAGCCUCAGCAGCAAGGAGGUGGGCCUCGACGGCGGAGUCGUCACUGCGGCUAACUUGAAUCUGGAGACCACCAAGAGCGAGAAGGAGCUCUCGGACACUGAAUACGCCGAGGCUACUGUAAGCAGCACCAAGGUGCAGACCGUACUGCCGACGGUCGAUGAUGAUGCCGUCCAACGGGCGGUGGAGGAUGUGGCAGCCGCCGUCGCUCAUCAGGAGGCCGAGCCGCAGGUGCAGCACUUCAUGACCCAUGACCUGGGCCAUCGCGAAUCGAGCUUCUCGCUGCGCCGCGAAUUCUCUCACAAUGCGCACGCGCCCAAGGAGGGACGCAAUGUCUACUUUACGCUCUCCUUUGCCGGCAUCGCCCUAAUGGCGGCUGUAUUUGUGGGCGUGGCUGUUGCCAAGUGGCGGACAUCCCGUUCGCCGCAUGCCCAGGGCUUCAUUGAGGUGGAUCAGAACGUGACCACACACCAUCCCAUCGUGCAGGAGGAGAAGAUCGUGCCCAAUAUGCAGAUCAAUGGGUACGAGAAUCCGACCUACAAAUAUUUCGAAGUGAAAGAGUAAGCUAGACGGCUGCUAAACGGCUAGAAGGGGACGGAGAACAGCAUACAGCAUAGUCGUCACAAGCGAAAAAGCAUCAGCAAAGCAAAAAGCAUUGGGGCAUUGAGGAGGAUGGAACACAACACAAUUUCAAAAUGAAAAAAACAAUUUAAGCAUAAUAUUUAAAACAAAAAAAAAACAAAACAAAAGCAGAAGAAGUGGUAGAGAAACCGAUUUUUUUUUUCGUCACAAGGAGCGCAGUUCCAAUAAGAGAUAAAGAGAUAAAAGUAAAGAUAAUAUGAUGAAGAAGCUUAAGGCAAAGGGGUAGAAGCAGAUGCAAAAAAGAAAAGUCAAGAAGCAGACAGAAAAAGAAGAAGAAUAAGAAGGAAGAAGAAGGAUAAAUUCAAUGAAAGGUAAUAUAUCUAUAUUAAAUUAAAGAAAAAACAAAAGAAAAAGCAAGCAAGCAGAAAAGGCAAGAAUAUAAAGCAAGCAAUUAAAUUUAAGUAUUUGAAUGUUUAACAAAAUGCAGUAAAAUAAAAAAAAAACAUCCUCUUUA